CGCAAGAGCAAGAGAGGUUCUCUUUCUUCUUCUACGGCGAUCGCGAUAGGGACAAGUCAGCAACAACAUCUACAACAAGUGUAUCUUCCCCCAUCUCGUCGCUGGUUAAGCACCUCUUCUACUUCUUCGUCAACUUGUUCAACAUCCUCUUCCAAUGCUCGUCCUUCGCUUGCAGCUUCUGCGGUGGAGAAAUUGCAGGCAGAUGGCGUUGUGGUGUUUGAAGAUAUUGAAGGCGGUGGUCGUCGUGGGCAUACUACUUGUUCUCAAAAUGUCGCUAGUACUUUCAAUGUUGAUUCUAUCGAAGCCAACUACGUUUCGCGUGCGCGCUUGAUCGUGGACACUGCGUUCACUGAGGCCACAACGCGUGCCAAAGAAUUACGCAAUGGUGAGCCGCUUCAAGUGGGGCAAAAACAUGGCUUCCGGGAGAUGGUGCAUAGGGCGCGUGGCCGAUACGAUAUGCUACACGGCAUAUGGGGACAUCCGACGUUGGUGGAGAAAAGCACACUCUAUCAGGAGGUUUUACUUACGGCCGCUAGUGACUCAUCUUCACUAUCUGGUUCUGGUGCUGUGGGAUAUUUAAUAUGUGCAAUUGAUUCCUCUCGAAGAUUUAUGAAAGAGGAAACAAUGAGAAAUAGAAGCAACUCACUCAAGGACCUUACUAGAGUAGCUACUGAGUGUCUAGCGUUAAUUACCUGCCUUGUGCGAAGGGAAUUUUGGGUUCGGACUGUAGACUCGAAUUCAAUGGCGCUCUAGUAACAGAGCCAGGCGCAGCAGAACAGCUAUGGCAUGCUGAUGGACAACAUUUGUUCUGCGAUGAAGAGUUCUGUGGUUCAACUACAGGUUCUGUCUUACCAGCUCACUGUGUGAAUUUUUUCGUCCCUUUGGUAGACAUCACGGACCCACGCGCAGGGGGAACGGAGUUCUGUAUCGGGUCCCACGUGGCAACGCGGAAAUUGGGGACAGAUGUAGUGUGGCAGCGCGCCGACUGGAAGGACUCGUUGGAUUUAUGGAUGGCAGGUUAUUACCUACGAUUCCGUUCCACUUCCAGGACAGGAUCAUCAUAAUGAUAGAUGAAAAACUCUGGUCUUCCUCGGUUCAUCAACAUCAUUGACGUAGAGGUACAUGCUAGGGGCGGUAGGUCGGAUUUCGAAUAUUACUUGGGCUGUAUUCUGUGAUCUAGGGUUAGGAGGUACUGUCUAAGCUACAAUUACCCGAGUCGUUCCACUAUGAUGUAUUGAGUGAGGGUUUAGGGUUAGGGAAGAAAGAGAAAAAGUUAUAAGAUCGGAAUGUCCAUAUUCUAAGGCUUCCUACCGGCUGGUCCCAAGAGAUUCGUCGAGUUCAGGUGCAAGCUGGCCAGGUCCUGUGUUUCGACUAUAGGGUAUUGCAUCGAGCCUUAGAGCACAACGUGGAUUUUAGACGGCCAGUCUUAUACUGGACUUUUGUGCGACCUUGGUUCACUGAUGCCUUAAAUUUUGGAGGAUUGCCUAGUUUGGGGUUCAACAAGGGAGGACCUUUUGGAAGUGAAGAUGCUUCUAUGAUAAGUGAUGGCACGACAGGCAAGCAUAAAGAGCUACGAGGAGACAUAACAGACUCUUCUUGUUGGAUAACCAGGCUGCGGGAAGAGCAGUAUCCGAAAACGUUGGGUGCUUGUGAUCAUAGACUACAAAAUGGAAUCGGCACAGUCUCGACUCUUUCCGAGCAGGCAAGUGAUGUCCAACGCCAGGAGAUAUUCGCUGACGGCGCCGCUGGCUCUCAGACGCCCAAAAUAGUCGCAGACGCAAUGCGUAAUUACAUGCUAGAGAACGGAAGUACAAAUCUAGGAGGUGCCUACCGAACCUCAGAAGCUGCAUUGGCGCAGGUAACUAGAGCAAGGGCAGCGGCCGCUGCCUUUCUAGGGUGUGCGGACGGAUCUAAAGUGGCCUUCGGUGCGAACUGUACGAACCUGAUGUUCCACUUAGCACACACUCUGGACGAAAGAUUAGUGGCAGAAGCAGCAAAUCUAGCAGAUGGAGAGGUAAGUGGGAAGGCACAUUAUAGAGGUUUUGUAUCUAUCUCUAUGAAACGACUGCAACAGGAGUAAUCAUGACGAUGUUGCUGGUGCAAGAUGUUAAGUCGUCCUGGCGAACAUUUAGAAGGUAGAACUAGACCUAGACCUUCAUUUUUCUGUCUUAAAGUCUAGUACUUCUUCUACUCUACUUUUAAGACAUCAUAGGUAAGACCUUAUACUCCUCAGGCCCUUCCACGUAAGAACAUCGUUCUUUCCCGUGCCUGUCAUGACGCGAAUGUGGCGCCAUGGCUUCUGCUAGCAAAGAAGAGGAGUUUAGAAGUGCGCUGGGUUGAGACUAUGAAAGAGUCUACAACAUCAGAAGCCUCCGAUAUACUGAAUUGGGAAGCAGGUGCGUCGAAAAUUGACGAAAACACCAUUCUAGUGGCCCUUGGUCUCGCGUCAAACGCGACGGGUCGCGUUCACUGGCCUGGGAUUGAAAAACACAUAGUCCCGAAAGUGGUGCAACUGCGGUACGAGGAGAAAGAUGCAAAAGCAAAAGCAGCAACAACAUCUUUUGGCACAGCAUCAUCAAGCAUGGAAAACACUCGGCGGCCUAUGUUAGUUUUGGAUGGUACGCACUAUGUCCCUCAUUUCAGAUUCGACUUGCAGGCCUCUGGAGCAGAUGCCAUCCUCUGUUCUGCCUACAAAUUCUGCGGCCCUCACUUGGGCUUAGUGGGGUUCAACACGUUUUCGGACUUCAUAUCCCCAGAGAUAAUAAGUGGAUUUAUCCCUAAAGUGGGUAGGAGAUUCAACAUCUUGGAUCAUGUAAAGGAAGAAGAAAUUAUAAAGGCCCGAGUACAUGAUGAUUUGGAACAACUAGGACACCCACAACAAACUUAUAUUAUAAAGGGAAGUACUCAGGACGUCCUACCCGCAUCCACGACGCCAACGCCUGAAGGAUACGAGAUCAGUGCCUGGGAAAUGGGGACGUUGAACUACGAAGCUUUAGCCGGAUUGGAGGCAUGUGUGAUGAAGUAUUAUGCUGAGUUUUUGGGCGGAGGUGAGGGGGAUUCCACAGAAGGAGCAGGAGCAGGAGAUUCGAAGUGCAAGAACACUGGUAGAGAAACUGACCUUUUCGAUGACCAGAUGCGUCCGCAGCAUAUCAAAGCUCGCCUAGAGGCAGCCUUCGCAAGAAUCCAGGAGCAAGAGAAGAAGAUCAGCGCAGCCUUUUUGGAAAAGAUAAAGCCUUAUUUACCUGAUGAAAGUGAAGAAGGUGUUGGUGGAAAGACUCAAAAUAAGAGGCUUCUGCGUUUACAUGGUUCGACGACAGCCGCAAACAGGACACCGACGUUUGCACUAUCUGCGUCUACCUCUUCAAAAUCGAAAGGUCCGACAUCGAAGGACGAAAACAAUGUUACUGUUAGCCAAGGAGAGGUUGAUGAUCAUGAUCAAGGGUCACGAGAUGAAGGCUCCCUGUGCGACUAUUUGAAUCGCAGAGGUGUUUUUUGCACAGUGGGCAACCAUUACGCACCGCAGCUUGCCGAACGGGUGCAAGAAGAAGGGAUGUUGACCAGAAUAAGCUUUUUGCACUACUCCAGCGUCCAAGACGUAGAGCGGGUCGCUGAGAUAGUGGGGGAGUAUGUGCAUCCAGUGUCCAAGACGUAAAGCGGGUCGCUGAGAUAGUGGGGGAGUAUGUGCAUCAGGUUGGCAAUUUUGGGUGAUUUGAAUUUUAGAACAAGUUCUACCAAAUCGAUUUCAUCAUUCUUA